AUGGCCGUUUACCGCAAAAGCAGAGCGUUCAGCAUGCCGAAAAACAAAUCUGACAAAAAGAACAGUUGGGUGAUGCUCGCUGAAGGCGGCGGAUACACGCCGCUGCCGGGGGAACAGACGCUGUACCAGUCGCCCCCUCGAACCACCCUCUCGCUGCAGAGCAGCAACCGUAAUCCAUCCGGCCGCGCUUUCUCCAAGCAGUGCAAGUCGGGUGUCGUCUAUCUCACCAACAGGCGGUUCAUCUAUUUGCCUGUUACCCCAAACGCAGACCUCCAGUCCUUCGCCGUUCCCAUUCUCAACGUUCAAGAUACUCGCGUAACAGCGCCUUGGUUCGGAGCCAAUAAGUGGGAGGCCGUUGUACAACCUGUCUUCGGAGGCGGCAUACCGGCGCAGUUUGCGGAGCUGGAGCUGGUGAUGGAGUUCAAGGAAGGGGGCGCAUUCGACUUUGCAAGCACAUUUGACAGGCUGAAGGAUCGGCUGCGGCAAGCUGUUGACGUCGCAGGUAUGUCGGCUAGCGAUGGAACAGAGACAGGCGACGGGCGUGGUGCAGGAGCACUGGCGGGUGUCAGUCUGACCGGCGUACACCUGGAAGAUUUGCCAGCAUAUGAGGAUUCUACGGGGCAUACAAGAGUCCCUGAUCCUCUACCUAGCCCACCGCCGGAUAGGGAGAGCGCUGGAGAGCCUCAGAGCGCUUCCACGGUGAACAGGUCGAGCCCGAUGGAGAGCCCGCAUCAAGAGACAUUCCAGCCACCGAAUGAACCCCCUCCAGGAUAUGAGGAAGUGCAGCAGAGCAGUGUAGCGGAUGAGUUGGAGAGACGAUUGCGCAGCCCAAGAAGCUUUGAGCGGUGA